AAUGUAUGUAUGUAUCGUAGCGUCCUAUGUAUAGUGUGUUCUAGCUCGGACGGCGAGGAGUCGUCGUAGUCGUCGUCGUCGACGUCGUCUCGUGCGCCGCCGAUGCCAGUCAGGAAGUGCCCGUCGUUCCGUACUGAAGCUCCUCUUCUCUCUCGCUAAUAGUACUUUUUGUUCUCCUCUCUCGUUCUCCGUUCGCUCCGUGUCCCUCUUCGGUGUUUUGUCAAGAUUUUCUCCGCUCGAGAUGGCUAUCUCACUGACAACGGAAGACAAAUUGGAAUACCAGUUCUACCCUCUGAGCGGUGGACAGAUUCAAUUUCGCGUCAAAGCACCUCACGACUGUCAUGUCGCCCUCACUACUAGUCCAGCCGAGUCCGAUCCUAUGUGGGAGAUCUUCAUCGGUGGUUGGAAGAACAGCAAAUCGGUUAUUCGAAAAAACCGGACGAAACCCGACGUCAGCGAAGUCGACACUCCCGAUAUCUUGUCAGGCGACGAGUUUCGCGGCUUCUGGAUAAGAUGGAACGCCGGCUACCUGACCGUAGGCAAGGAGAACGAGCCCGAGCCGUUUAUGAGCUACGUCGAUCCGGACGGCUUCCAACCGACUCACCUGGGCGUUUGCACCGGCUGGGGAACAGGUGGCGAAUGGCUCAUCGAAGAGAGAUGCAUCGGCGAAUCCCGGUACACGGAUCCGAACUCUGCUGCGGAUCCAGCGCCAUCGGCCCCGGCUGACUAUCAGGUCGGCAACGCCGCCACCGGCACCUGUUGGUGCGACGCACAAGCCGGAGCCAUACCGGAUAACGCGGUGUUGGCCGGUCAGGACGGCGACGAGGCUCUCUACGUCGGUCGGGCCGAGCACGAGGGUGCCCUCAUCCCCGGCAAGGUCGUGCCCGGACACGGAGUCUGCUACGUCGCUUGGGGCGGCGAGGAGCACGCCAAAACCGAAUAUCAGGUUUUGUGCAACUGCUCGGGAAUCUGGGUACCAGCGAGCGCCGACAACAUUCCCCCGAACGCCGUGCCCUGCGGCCACACCGAGGAAGGCGAGCCGCUCUUCAGCGGACGCGUCAAUCACGAGGGCACCCUGACCCCCGGCAAGGUCCAGCCGUCCCACGGCGUGCUCUACAUACCGUUCGGCGGCCAGGAGGUCUCCUUCCAGGAGUUCGAGAUCCUGACUAGCUAAAUUGUCUCCGAGCAAAAAUAUCCCCACAUGCGCGAUUCGUAAUCUCGGAUUAUAUUAUGCAGAAUGCAGCUUUAUAAUCGAACCACAUGCACACGCGCGCCCGCCGCAUUAUAUAUUUGUAGUCGAUUUCGUUUAUUACACUUUUUUAUAUGUAAGUAAUUGAAGUAUCGAUCGUUUUGAAAAUUGCAUUUCGAUGUCAAUGAAAAUAAGUGAUAAGUACUAUGGAUUGUACUCGUUAGUUUUUUCUCUUUAUGUGAUCUGUUAAUUCUCAAAUAUUUCAGAAUCUCAAAGUGUUGCUAUUUAAUGUAAUAAGGUCUGAUUUUGAAGCAAAAGUAUGAAGAAAAUUGUAUACAUUACAUUAUGUAACAGAAAGUAUUUAGUUUUAAGAGUCUUGCAAUGACUGUAAAUGCACAAAGCUUUGUAUUAAAAUAUGUACCCAAUCAAAUGAUGCUCUUUCAGCUUCAAAAUAAAAAAAUAUAAUCUUCCAAAUU